AAGUUCCCUCGGCCGAGUUCUGCUGUCUCAGUCGCCGAGUUUCGAGACUCUGAAGCGGACGCUGCGAGUCACCUUUUGCCAUGGCGAAGGCUCCCUUGCUGUCGUGCUUGGUGCUCGUGCUCCUGGUCGGCAUCCUGGAGGCCACUCCAAGAACUCCCAACGUACAAGUUUAUUCCCGCUAUCCUGUUGAGAAGGGCAAAGAAAACAUUGUGAAUUGCUAUGUGGACAACUUCCACCCUCCCAAAAUCAACAUCACAAUUGAGAAGGGCGGGAAGCCACUUAAAGAUGUGAAACAGUCUGACCUUUCUUUUGAUAAAACCUGGGCCUUCAAUCGCCUUGUCUAUGCCAAUGUCACUCCAGAUGGAGAAGAGGUUGCCUGCAGAGUGGAACACAGCACCCUUGUUGACCCAAAAGUUGUCAAAUGGGAGCAAGAGUAAUAACCAAAUGACCCCUCAGCAGGAAAGGUCCAAAGAGCCUGAAUUUUUAUUGCUCCUUGAACAUUCUUCCGACGCUGUUCCUGCUUUUCUACUGAUUUUGUAGCUUUCUGGAUAGUUUUCCAUCAUGAACCGCAUACAUCAAGACCUGCUGAUGGGCCGUGCUUGCAACUUUGAAGUGUAUGAUGUGGGCUUUCAUAUAUGUGUGUCCACUGUAGGCAGACAAUUGAAGAUGGCCUCGGAAAUCUGAUCAGUCAUGCAUUUAUUGUAACAUUCAGUGAUUUGCAGUGUGGCUUCAUAAAAAAAAAAAAAGUAACCUUCUGUUGAUUUUUCAAAUACUUCUAUCAGCAAAAUCUUCCAGGAUUUUUUUAAAAAAAAUAUUCUUUAUUGAUUAAAAACUUACAUAUCUGUACAAACAUAUGCUAUCUCUUUACAUAUGAAGAAAAAGAAAAUGAUGUAGAAAAUUUCUAAAGGAACGAAAAAGAGGAAAAAAUAAAGAAAUAACAAAGAUACGAAGUCAAAAGAGGAAAAGACAAGACAACAUUAUUUACACGCAAUAAAAGUGUUCAUCGACACAAUCCUUCCCAUCCUUCUCAUUAUACUGUAGGAAUUUGAAUCUUUCCAAAAAGAAGCAAGUAGAAAGGCUUCUGGGUUGCAUCACGUACUAGUUGUACUUUGAAUAGAGCCAUUAAAGUUAUUGGACUUGAGUAACUUUGGUCCAUUAAUUUCAGUGAGUCUACUCUGAGUAUUCUAUAUAUUUCACACUUUUGACUACGAAUUAGUUUCUCAUUUGGCCUGUCUGGAAUGUAACUUGUAAUGCUAUUAGUAUUGGCAUUUAUUAAACUCUUAAUAAAGUACUUCUACCAAGA